GCUCUGGCCCAGCCCCGCGGCCUCCGGGCUCGGGCUCGGACUGGGAGCGGAAAUUCCUGCAGGGGCUGGACGCUAAAGCAGAGCUCAGGAUGGAACCCGUGGAGACCUGGACCCCCGGGAAGGUGGCAGCUUGGCUGAGAGGCCUUGAUGAUGCCCUACAGGACUAUCCCUUCGAGGACUGGCAGCUGCCUGGGAAGUACCUGCUGCAGCUCUGUCCCCAAAGCCUCGAGGCUCUGACUGUGUGGCCUUUGGGCCACCAGGAGCUCAUUCUAGAUGGGGUGGAACAGCUCCGGGCCCUGGGCUCUAAUCUACAGACAGAGAACCUGCAGAGCCUGGCUCAGGGGCUGCUGGAAAGGACCCAGGCCUUCCAAAGCUUGGUCCAAGGCUCUCUGGGCAACUGUGCUGAGACACCGGCUGAUGUCCUCAAGGCUGCUGUGGAGCUGGUGCGGGAAGCCCAUGCCCUCCUCUCUUGGCUCAACGGGUACCUCUUCUCUCACUUAAAUGACUUCUCUGCCUGCCAGGAGAUUGGCGUGCUGUGCGGGGAGCUGGGCCAAGUCCUGCAGGAGGACUGCCCAGAGGCUGAGAAGGAACGCAACAUCCUGAGGAUUUGCGGCCAUGUGGCUGGGAUCUGUCACAACAUCCUGAGCUGCAGCCCAGAGGAGCUGCUGGAACAGAAGGCUGUGCUGGAGUCGGUGCAGGUGGACGACCCUUCCGGUUUAGAAAUUCACACCACCAGCAACUGCCUGCACUUUGUGUCCCGAGUAGGGGUUCAGGCUGCCACCGGCUCCCAGAUCCUGCCAGGAGACGAGAUUGUCCAGGUCAAUGAGCAGGUGGUGGUGGGCUGGCCCCAUAAGAACAUGCUGAGGGAGCUGCUGAGGGAACCAGCAAAGGUCAGCCUGGUACUAAAGAAGAUUCCCGUGCCAGAGACCCCCUCACAGAUGUCCCUGGACUCUCCUCACCUGCUAAGCCAAUCACUGCCCCUGAACCCACCAUCUCCCAGGGUUUCAUCUGAAGGUCUUUUAGCCUUCAACCUGUCUGCAGAUGGAACUCCUGGACCCAGCCCUGCCUGGACAGACUCUACCUCCCUUGAUGCUCAGUCCCUGCCCACUCCCUCUGGACCACCAGGCGUACUUCUAGAAGAAACAGCAGAACCUCUGGAGCCUUCGGGACACCCUGACAAGAGUCCCAUCCUUGGUCGGAAGAAUUCUAAAGGUAUAGCCACGAGGCUGAGCCGCCGCCGGGUGUCCUGCCGAGAGUUGGGUCUGCCGGAUUGUGAUGGAUGGCUUCUACUGCGGAAGGUACCCGGUGGCUUUAUGGGCCCACGCUGGCGCCGCUGCUGGUUUGUGCUCAAGGGACACACCCUAUACUGGUACCGCCAACCCCAGGAUGAAAAGGCCGAAGGGCUUAUCAAUCUCUCCAACUACAGCCUAGAGAGUGGACAUGACCAGAAGAAAAAAUAUGUGUUCCAGCUGACCCAUGAUGUGUACAAGCCCUUCAUCUUUGCUGCCGAGACCCUGUCUGAUCUGAGCAAGUGGGUGCGACAUCUCAUUACCUGCAUUUCCAAGUACCAGGCUCAAGGCCGGGCCCCCUCCUCUGCCAGAGAGGAAGACUGCUACAGUGAGACAGAAGCAGAAGACCCCGACGAGGAGGCUGGGUCCCGCUCCGCUUCUCCUGGCCCAGCUCAAGCGUGGAGUGACACAUCGCCCAUGGCUUCACCCCUGCAAAGUCCAAGAACUUCCUUUAACUCUCCACCAGACAGCAGUGACAGAGCCCUGGAAGGAAUGGUACAGGGACUGAGGCAGGGAGGGGUGUCCCUCCUGGGCCAGCCCCAGCCCCUGACCCAUGAACAAUGGCGGAGUUCUUUCAUGAGGCGGAACCGUGACCCUCAUCUCAAUGAGCGUGCACACCGUAUCCGGGCACUCCAGAGCACCCUCAAGGCAAAGCUGCAGGAACUGCAGGCCCUGGAGGAAGUGCUGGGUGAUCCUGAACUCACAAGUGCAAAGUUCCGACAGUGGAAGGAGCAGAACCAGGAGCUAUACUCAGAGGGCCUGAGAACCUGGGGAGAGACGUGGGCCCAGACCAGCUCCUCAGACCCAAACUCUGACUCCAGGGGUCAUUCCCCACAGCCCCUCCCCUCUGACCCUGAAGAGCCCUCCCAGCCUUUUCCCUUAACCCCAGAGAACAGCCACCAACCUCCUGACCUCUGACCCUGGCUGAGGACUACUUCAUUCCCAGUCUCUGACGUGUUUAAGACAUGCCCAAGGGGUCAGUGAGAGACCAGAAGGAGCGUUAGCCGUUAGCCGUCAGCUUUACCCCAGAACGGACCUUCCACACACUCUGCUCACGUGUCCCCUAGAGUGGAAGGAAAUCUCCUGUCCUCUCUGUGAGGCAGAAUUCCCUCAACCCAUCCUCAGAUCUGGGAUGUCCCUGCCUUCCUGGGGCAUUCAAAAAGGUUUCCCAGACCAGAUCUGGAUAGGUGUUUAUUUUACACGAGAGCCGCUUUUCCACCAAAUAAAGUUGAUUUCUCUGACGUGAA